UAUAAUAUGGAAACAGAUAUUCACAAGGAUAUUUAUAGAAUUUCCCAGAAAAUCAAUAUUUUUCUUCAAUUUCUAACAAUUUCCACUAAUAUCUUCCAUCUAAUUGUUCUCCUUCAAAAAGAGCUUCGUUCCGGAGCAAUAUAUAUUUUGAUGACUGGAAUUUGCUUCUGUGACGUCAUCAAUUUCCUUCUAGACUUUUAUAAUGUUGGAAUCGAGAGAGUUUGGUGGUCCAACCCUUUUUCAUUUAUCGCCACCUGUUUGGAUUUUAAAUAUAUGUAUGUCAGCCCAUUCCAUUAUUCAAUCCAGCAAAUUAUUCGAAUAACUCGUCCCACAGCAACAUGGUUGGCUAUUCUGAUGGCAUUGAUAAGAACGUUAUCAGUAAUGUUUCCAAUGAGCAAUUGGAUUCAGAAUAUUACCAAAUCCAGAAAUGUCGUAUUUAUGAUUUUUGGGGUUUUUGGGUUUUGGACGGUUUUCUAUUCUUGGAGCUUGGUUUUACACAGAGUUGUUUGGUAUCCGGAUGUAUUGAAUAAGGAAUGUUUCUACUACAACCGCGACAAACAAUCCUAUCAGAGAUACGCUCUGGUAAUGGAUAAAACACGUUUUACAUUUUUGUUUAGUAGUGAAAGUUUGGAACCAAUCGUCAGAUUCAUUCCAACGAUUUGCUACCCAAUUCUAACGAUUGCUUUGAUAUUCCAAUUAAGAUCAAUUAAGAAAAAACGAGAGAAUGUUCAGAAGAAUUCAUUAAGUGAUCGAUCGGAUAAAACAACGAAAUUGAUAUUAGCAAUGACUGUUUGUUUCAUGCUUUCUGAAGGAUUGUGUGGGUUGGAUGGGAUAAUAAUACCGAUUUUGAAUAAAAAAAUCCAGAAAAAAUACUCGGAAGAUUUGGCAGAUUGGAUAAAAUUCUUAUUAUCAUCUCAAUAUAUUAUCAUAAGUCUCCGCUGCUUCAAUUCAAUAUCUCAUUUAUUUGUCUGCUAUUCUAUGUCCUCCCAAUACCGUAAUACUUUCAAAUAUGUCUUCUUCCUCCAACGAAAAGCUGAAAUCAAAAUUAUUCCUGUCAAAAGUGUCAAU